UCGGCGGGUUUUGUCUUGAAACCUCCGGUCUGUGACAAACCGGCCCUCUUCUCCGUGCCUGCCUACACCCCGCCGGAAAUUCCGAAACCCAAGCCGCUCGAGCUCGCCGGAGAAGAAAGAGAGAGAUCACUCGGCGGUCACCGGGCGACGGCGAGUCUCGCCAUCGGGGUUCAGCCGAUCGUCGCUCACUCGUCGUGACCUCAAUCUCGCUCCCGAGGGAUCACGUCGGUUCGUAUCCCCCAGGGGCCAUGACGGAGACCAAGUCCAAGAAGCUGCUGAUCCUGUACGCGACUCAGACCGGAAACGCCAUGGACGCGGCGGAGCGCGUCGGCCGCGAGGCCGACCACCGGGGCUGCCCCGCUUCGGUCCUUUCCGUGGACGAAUACGACGCCAGCUUGUUACCUCUCGAGGAUAUGGUCGUGUUUGUGGUUUCGACCACGGGCCAGGGGGAUCCGCCGGAUUCCAUGAAGGUGUUUUGGAGGUUUCUUUUGCAGAGAAAUCUGAACCAGCAUUGGUUGGAGGGAGUGCGUUAUGCCGUGUUUGGGUUAGGUGAUUCUGGUUACCAGAAAUACAAUUUUGUUGCCAAAAAACUUGAUAAGAGACUUUCUGAUCUUGGAGCACAGGCCAUUGUUGAAAGAGGUUUAGGGGAUGACCAGCAUCCUUCAGGGUAUGAAGGUGCUCUGGACCCUUGGUUGUCAUCCUUGUGGAGAAUGUUAUAUCAGAUGAAUCCAAAGCUAUUACCCGAUGGUCCAGAUUAUGUGAUAUCAGAUAAGAAAUUUCUGGAUCUGCCAAAGGUUCAGAUCAGAUACCAUGCCGCUGAUGAAGUGAAUCCGCAAUAUGCAGUUGGUUCAGGCGUGUCAUGCACAGAGAUUGAAAUUGAGAAGGCUCGCUCUAUGUCUCCUGCAAGAUUCUCUGGUCGCCAAACAAGACCUGAUUGCUUUCUUAAAUUGGUAAAAAAUCAUUGCUUGACCAAGGCAGGCUGUGGAAAGGAUGUGCGUCACCUCGAAUUUAACUUUGAGUCAUCCGCUAUUGAAUAUGAUGUAGGUGAUGUUCUGGAAAUUCUUCCUGGUCAAGAUCCUAAGGCAGUUGAUGCUUUCUUGGAGUGUUGUCAUUUGGACCCUGAAUCAUUCAUUACGAUUCAUCCAACCAAAAAGGAUAAUCGAGUUCUAGCCAAUGGAACAAGGGCCUCAACAGUCCCCAUCAAAUUAAGGACCUUCGUUGAGUUGGCAAUGGAUAUUUCAUCAGCAUCACCGCGACGUUACUUAUUCGAGGUAAUGAGUUAUUUUGCUACAGCCGAACAUGAAAAGGAAAGGCUUCAAUAUUUUGCAUCAGCUGAAGGAAGAGAUGAUCUGUACCAAUACAACCAAAAAGAACGAAGAACCGUUUUGGAGGUAUUACAAGAUUUCCCUUCUGUACAACUGCCGCUGGAGUGGUUGGUCCAGUUGGUUCCUCCAUUAAAAACAAGGGCUUUCUCCAUUUCAUCUUCUCCUUCAGCCCAUCCCAAUCAAGUCCACUUAACUGUGAAUGUUGUGUCAUGGAAAACGCCUUUUAAGAGGAAUCGAGCAGGGCUCUGCUCAAUGUGGCUGGCCAAUCUUGAUCCUAAUCAGGGUGCUUGUAUUCCGGCAUGGUUUCAGAAAGGUUCACUUCCUCCCCCACCACCAUCACUACCUCUCAUCCUCGUUGGACCUGGAACUGGAUGUGCACCAUUUCGUGGUUUUGUCGAGGAAAGAGCCAUUCAAAGUCGGUCUAUGUGGACUGCUCCCAUCAUUUUUUUCUUCGGUUGCCGAAAUGAGGAAAGUGAUUUUCUAUACAGAGAUUUUUGGUUAGAUCAAUCACAAAAUGAUGGGGUUCUCUCUGAUGCCAAGGGCGGGGGCCUUUUCGUUGCUUUUUCUAGAGACCAACCUCAGAAGAUAUAUGUGCAACAUAAGAUACGCGAGCACAGCCAAACGGUCUGGAAUUUGUUGAACUUGGGAACUGCUGUCUACGUUGCAGGUUCUUCAACCAAAAUGCCCACUGAUGUUUGGUCAGCCUUUGAAGACAUUGUAUCUAAAGAAGGUGCCGUUUCAAAGGAAUCUGCUGGUAGGUGGCUUAGGGCACUGGAGAAGGCUGGUAAGUAUCAUGUUGAAGCUUGGUCUUAAAUUUGUGUUGACUCCUCCUCAGACAGACAUUGGUGGAGGAUAAUGAGGCUGACCCCGCCUUGCGUGGAAGAGCUGUUUUGGGGUACUUUGAGUUUUUCGAUCUUCAAGCAACAAUACACAUCCUUCUUCUAAUCAGAAAGUCGAUUUUUUUCCCGGUGUUACCGGGCUUGCGAGCUCGAAGGAGGAUGAUCUUCAUUUAAUUUCUUAGAAACGCUUUACAAUAUGGUCUCUUGUAAUUUGGUGCUCGAUAUGAAGGGCUUAUAGAGAUGUUGGAAUGAUUGUUGUGAAAGGAAAAAGUGGACUCCCGUCGAGAUAUAUUGAUUUCCAAUAUAAGAUGUCCAUGAGACGUUUGAUUUCUCUGCCU